AUAGGCGGCACUGACUGGCACUGUUAGGCGGCACUGAUAGGCGACACUGACUGGCACUGAUAGGUGGCACUGACUGGCACUGAUGGGUGACAUUGAAAGGCAGCUCAGAUGGGCACUGAUAUGUGGCAUUGAUGUGCACUGGUAUGCACUGAUAUGUAGCAUUGAUGUGGCACUGGCAUGUGGCACUGAUGAGCACUGACAGGUGGCACUGCUGGAGCUACACUGAUCUUCAGGGCACACUAAUCAUCAGUGCCCUUAUGAUCACUGUCAGCGUGACAGCUCGAGAGGAGAGAAAUGCCGAUAACCGGCAUUUCCGUGUUUACAUGUGAUCAGCUGUGAUCGGCU